UCUAUAUGCGAUCAGGUGACGUGGUGCUGAUCAGCUGACUUGAGCUUCAGAGAGGCGAGUGCAUAAAACCAUCACUGACCUUCAACGUUUCUCCUGUUUUUACUCCCUUCAACGCAAAGAGAAGAUGGCGAGCCAAUCGCAGGGUAUCCAGCAGCUGCUGCAGGCCGAGAAGAGAGCGGCUGAGAAGGUGGCGGAGGCCCGCAAGAGGAAGAACCGUCGUCUGAAGCAGGCGAAAGAGGAGGCGCAGGCGGAGAUUGAACAGUACCGCCUCCAGAGGGAGAAGGAGUUCAAAACAAAGGAAGCUGCUGCUCUGGGUUCUCACGGCAACAGUGCGGUAGAAGUUGACCGCGACACCGUGAGCCGCAUGCAGGGCAUCCAGGCCAGCUACCGUGGCAACCGGGAGGUGGUACUGGGCGACCUCCUACGACUUGCUUGCGACGUUCGGCCCCAGGUCCAUGCUAACUACCGCAUUGCUGGCUAGACCUCCGGACCAACACACGAACGAGGGGACGGGUGGUCAAAAUAGAUUAACUCUCUAAAUGUAGGAUUUGGGAAUUUGUCAAAAACAACGAAAUGUCUCUUAGCUGAGGCCAUGCUAGGCUAUGACAUUCGAUCUCUCUUAGCUGGGACUAUUCUGACUCUAAAAUAUAAAGCCUAAAAAUUGGUGUACCGAUACUUAACGUGACCAUUGACACCUGGAUGAGUGAACAGGUGAACCUCUCCACCAAAACAAUCCCAUUAUGUAUAUGUUUGUGACCAAGCUCUUGGUUUUUGUCUGCGUUUUCUUUUGUAGGGGUGUUUACGUCUUUAAUGAUUCCAUUGUGAAAAAAGAUAUAUGUAUGGAUGUAUGGUAAUGGAAAUCUGGUUGUUAAAUUAAAAAACGUAUUGGUUUAGCCGAUAUUUCAAGAUGUAUGUUUUGUUACAGUGCUUUUGUUGCUUGUGAUUCGUAAAGUUUUGCUCUCUUCCUGUUUGUGAUUUCCGCCAUGUUCUUUGGUGAAUGGUUAAAAAAAUACUUAAUGUUUGAAACUGAAUGAAAAUAAAUUAUUUAAAUUUUG